AUGCAGCAAAGUGAAAUAAAGAUUAAAGAUAAGGCUCUUUUGGCUUUUAUAUCUGAGCCAGUGGUGGGUUCACUAACUCCAUCGAAGAAGAGAGAUUACAGAGUCACCAACCGCCUCCAAGAGGGUAAACGCCCUCUAUACGCCGUCGUUUUCAACUUCAUCGAUUCCCGCUACCUCAACGUUUUUGCCACUGUUGGCGGCAAUAGGAUUACGGUUUAUCAGUGUCUUGAAGGAGGAGUUAUUGCUGUUUUGCAAUCUUAUGUUGAUGAGGAUAAGGAUGAAUCCUUUUACACAGUGAGCUGGGCAAGCAAUGUUGAUGGUGCCCCAUUUCUGGUGGCUGGAGGAAUCAAUGGCGUAAUCCGAGUCAUAGAUACUGGUUCUGAGAGGAUAUACAAGAGCUUUGUUGGGCAUGGAGACUCCAUAAACGAAAUCAGGACCCAAGCAUUGAAGUCAUCGCUUGUGAUCUCUGCAAGCAAAGAUGAAUCUGUCCGGUUAUGGAAUGUUCAUACUGGAAUAUGCAUUCUGAUAUUUGCCGGGGCUGGAGGGCAUCGUAAUGAAGUUUUGAGUGUUGACUUUCAUCCAUCAGAUAUAUACAAAAUUGCUAGCUGUGGCAUGGAUAAUACUGUAAAGAUAUGGUCGAUGAAGGAGUUCUGGACCUACGUGGAAAAGUCAUUCACAUGGACAGAUCUUCCAUCUAAGUUUCCCACAAAAUAUGUGCAGUUUCCUGUAUUCAACGCUUCAGUUCAUUCAAAUUAUGUCGACUGUAAUAGGUGGCUGGGUGAUUUUAUCCUUUCAAAGAGUGUUGACAAUGAAAUUGUCUUGUGGGAGCCUAAAGUGAAGGAACAAACUCCAGGAGAGGGUGUAGUUGACAUUCUCCAGAAAUACCCUGUUCCUGAGUGUGAUAUCUGGUUCAUCAAGUUUUCUUGUGAUUUCCAUUACAAUCAAGCUGCAAUAGGUAACAGGGAAGGGAAGAUUUUUGUUUGGGAAUUGCAGUCAAGUCCGCCGGUUCUUAUCGCAAGGUUGUCGCAUCCUCAAUCGAAAUCUCCAAUCCGGCAAACUGCCGUGUCUUUUGAUGGAAGUAUUAUUUUGAGUUGCUGUGAGGACGGCACAAUAUGGCGCUGGGACGAUGUUACAAACGUGCCACCAGCUUAGCUUAGCCUCCAUGACUGGUUUGGCCAGUCGUCGGAAAAUAAUUAUUAUUUUGCAAGGUUUUGAAAACCGGAUCGGUCAUCAAAGCGUUGUAGUCACUGGUUCACUGGUCUAACCGGUCUAACCAGUGGUUCAACCGAGAAAAUCGUUUUAGAAUAAAAUAAUAAAUAAAUAAAUAAACA